AUGGACAACUUGAACAACUACAAGAACUUUUAUUUAUCUCACAAAUCUUUGUUUGGCCAAAUUCCCGAGAGUUUGGGAAAUUUUUCAUCCUUGAUUAUAUUAAAUUUGUACUCGCAUGACUUGAACGAAAAUCUUCCGGAAAGUCUUGGGCAAGUCUUCAACUUGGAGAGCCUUAUAGUUGCUGAUAAUUCCUUCACAGGAGUUGUCUCUGAAAGAAAUUUAAUGUCUCUUUCAAAGUUAAAGAACUUCUCAGUGAGCUCGCCAGACUUAAUAUUUAAUUUUGAUCCUGAAUGGGUGCCUCCGUUUCAACUUCUGUUUGUGUCUAGGAUAUGUUGGGGGCAAACUUCCUUCAUGGCUAUUUACACAAAGUUCUCUCCGAAUUCUAUGCAUAACAGACUCAACUGCUUCAUUUGA